CGCCGCCGUUGCCCGAUGGCGGUGCGGGGCUGGCGCCCGGCGGUGGCCGCGCUCGCUGCGGGGCGGCCCCGGGGGGGCGGCCCGGGGGAGGCCUCGGCUCCCGGAGCGGGGCCGGGCCCAGAACCGGGGGCUCCGGGGGGAGCCGCGGCAGCCGCGCUCUAUGUGCAUUGGCCCUACUGCCGCAAGCACUGCUCCUACUGCAGCUUCAACAAGUACGUGGUGCCGGCGGUGGACGAGGCGGCCGUGCGCACCUGCCUGGUGCGCGAGGCCCGGACCCUGCUCCGCCUCGGCCAGGUGCAGAGCGUCACCUCCGUCUUCUUCGGCGGGGGCACACCCAGCCUGGCCAGCCCCCAAACCAUCGCCGCCGUACUGGAGGCUGCCGCGGAGGCCGCCCACCUCCCUGCCGGAGCCGAGGUCACGCUGGAGGCCAACCCCAGCUCCGCCAGCCCCGCGCGCCUCGCCGGCUUCAGGGCGGCCGGCGUCAACCGCCUCUCAGUCGGCGUGCAGUCGCUGGACGACGCCGAGCUGCGGCUGCUGGGCCGGGAGCACACGGCGGACGAGGCGCGGGCGGCGGUGGAGGCGGCGCGGGGGCUCUUCCCCGGCCGCACCUCCAUCGACCUCCUCUUCGGGCUGCCGGGGCAGAGCCGGGAGGCCUGGGCCCGGUGUUUGGAGGCGGCGCUGGGGCUGUGCGACGACCACCUGGCCCUCUACCAGCUGACGCUGGAGCGGGGCACGGCGCUGGAGGUGCGGGUCCGGCGGGGGGCCCUGCCCACGCCCCCCCAGGACCUCCUGGCCGACAUGUACCACACCGCCCGGGCCGUGCUGGCGGCCGCCGGCUUCCGCCAGUACGAGGUCUCCAAUUUUGCAAGGAAGGGCGCCCUCAGCACCCACAACCUCUCCUACUGGCGGGCUGAGCAGUACAUCGGCGUGGGGCCGGGAGCGCACGGGAGGUUUGUGCCGUGGGGUGAGGGCAGCUGCCAGCGGGAGGCCCGCGUCCAGACGCCGGAUCCCGACACCUGGAUGAAGGAGGUGCAGAGCCACGGGCACGGCACCCGGAGACGGGCGGCGCUGAGCCCCUUGGAGCAGCUGGAGGAGCUGCUCGCCCUGGGGCUGCGCACGGACGAGGGCGUCACGCAGCAGCGUUGGGGGCGCUUCUCCCCUCAGCUGCCCUUGCGGGCUGUGUUCGGGGUGCCAGGGGAGGCGAUGGCGCUGCAGCAGCAGGGCUGGCUGCUCCUGGACGGCCGGGGCCUGCGCUGCACGCCCGAGGGGCUGGCGGUGCUGGACUCGCUGCUGCCCGGCCUGCUCUGCCAGCUGCAGCGCUGCUGGGCGCGCGUGGCCGGCACCGGGGGACGAGGCACAGGGGCUGCUGGAGGACAAGGCAUGGAGGCUGCGGGGGGACAAGGCACAGAAGCUCAUGGAGGACAAGGCCCAGAGACUGCUGGAGGACAAGGCACAGAGGCUCAUGGAGGACAAGACACGGAGGCUGGCAGGGGACAAGGCCCUUAGGCUCACGGAGGACAAAGCCCAGAGGCUUGGGGACAAAGCCUGGAGCCAACUGAGGGACAAAGGCCAGAGGCUGUGGGGGCACAAGGCGCAGAGGUUCAUGGAGGACGAGGCCCAGAAGCUGGGGGACAAAGCCCGGAGGCUGUGGGGG